GGGACUGUACUCGACUUUACCGGACUAUGACAGACGACAGAGUUAUCUUGUGUGCUACCGCGUCUGCUUAAGUGAGCGUUUGGCUGCUGCUAGACAUGGAGAGACUAACUCUGCCUGGUACCGACCUGCAAGUUUCUUCUCUCUGCCUAGGAUGUUGGCAGUUUAAUGACAACACAAACACUAUCAACUGGGCAGGCCAGACUAAAGAGACUUCAAAAGCAAUUGUUGACAAAUGCUUUGAAGUUGGGAUAAACUUUUUUGAUACAGCAGAGGGAUAUGCUGGAUCUGAAGAGGUUCUUGGGUAUUGUUUAAGAGGCCGCCGCCAGGAUGCAGUGAUUGCCACAAAGUAUGGUUUUAGAGUUGGGAUUGACACUCCUGCAUACAGUGCAUCUGACAUAGACCAGACAGUAACUAAUGCCUUGCGCAGGUUGGAGACUGAUUACAUUGAUUUGCUACAGAUCCACUACCCCAGCUUUAUUAAGGAUCCUCAAGAAACAGUAAAUGAGUUCAACAGUCAAAUUGCAAGAGGUAGAAUCCGGUACUAUGGCUUUUCCAACUUUGGACCUAAGAACAUAAAAACUGUCCUUGAAACAGGUGCCAAGCCAGUCUCCAACCAGAUGGCCUAUAACCUGCUGUGGCGAUCAGUGGAACAUGAGGUCUUACCACUUUGUUCUGAGAAGAACAUGAGCAUUCUGGCAUACUCCCCACUUCAGCAAGGUCUCUUGAGUGGUAAAUUCCUGAAACGUGAAGAUUUUCCUGAGGGUCGCCGUCGAGGCAAACUCUUUUCUUCCACUGAGAACUCGCUUGCUAGACAUGGUCAAGAUGGAGCAGAAGCGGAAGUUUUUGAGGCACUUAAGAAGGUGAAAAAGAUAUGUGAUGCUAAUGACUUGGACAUGGCAACUGCAUCGUUGUCAUGGGUACUGCAGCAACCCAGUGUUCCAGUUGCGAUUGUUGGUGCUAGCAGCCCUGAACAAGUGGUCCAAAACAGUAAAAUCAUGCAGCUAUCACCAGAAAUAGUCAAGCAGCUAUCUGAUGCUACUGAACCUGUGAAACAGAAGAUUGGGCGGCAGCUGGAUCAGUGGACCACUCCUGAUCGUUGUGAAUAACAUGUGGAGAUGCAUCUGCAUCAGUGUGCAUGAUCCACGAAUUGCUUAUGAUUCGUUUCUGUUGCAUUUGCAGACAGGAAUAUUUAUGAAUUGAAAUACAUAUAACUGGGCUUUUGUUUACAUUUAUUUCUUAUGCUGCAUUUUAUAUAGGUCCUUAAAAUAUUUAUUGCAUGCUUUGAUAAAAAAGAAUAAGGUCUCUACAAAAGUGAUUUCUUCAUAUUAUAAAUGAAGCUUAUUUGUAGACAGCCUUGGUAAGACAUACAUGUUGAGGUUCUUUGUGAGACUUCUUUGUUGAGGUUCUUGGUAAGACUUUUUUUUGUUGAAGUUCUUGAAAAAGCCCUUCAGACAGGUGAGCCACAACUAAUAAAAACUUAUUCAGUUUGCACACUCAGAUUAAAAUGGAUGAAUGCAGAGAAUUACAUGGUGGCUGUGGUCAUAUAUUUUUUUUUAUUAUCCGAAUAAUCAGACUUUUACAGUUUUACACAAAGCAUAAAAAUAAAUAUUGCACAACAUAAUUUUGAUUUAAAUGAUAGAAAAUUGAUCAUUAAGUGGGCAACUCUAUGAUGGCAGUGCUUUAAUAAUGUGAAUUGACUGAAUUGAUUUUAUGAACUUAUUUGAACUUUGCAUGUUACACAUUGCUGAUUUGUCAGCAAAAAUAAAGUUAAAGCACAA